AUGCCUUAUAACACCAACGCGAUUCCCCCGCCAGAGGAGGCGACUGGCCAGAGUACUUUGCCAUUAACGAGAAUCAAGAAGAUAAUCCGUCUUGACGAGGAUAUUGCACAAUGUUCCAACAAUGCAGCGUUUCUAGUUUCAGUCGCAACAGAAAUGUUUAUCCAGUAUCUCACCGAGCAGAGUUAUAAUGUUGUCAAAUCAGAGCGAAAGCCAAGGAGAAAUAUACAAUAUAGAGAUCUAGCAACUGCCGUUGCCAGAAUCGACAACCUUGAGUUCCUCUCGGAUGUCAUCCCCAAAACUACAACUUAUAAACAAUUUAAAGAGAAGGGCGCCCGCGAAGCUGCCGAGGCUGCCAGCAAGCCAAAAGGAGAACGUACCCUAAAUACAGGUGGUGAAUCGAGGGCACCGCGUGAAGAGUCAAUGGUGAAUCUUGAUGAUACUGGAGCGCAGUCCUCCCGGGCACCGAUGGUUAUACAUUCCUCCCGGACUCGCAGCUCUCUUCUUCAUGAAGGACCGGGCCAAGAUGAGCCCGUAGAGAAAGAUGCUGAGAUGAAUGGCUAG